AUGCGUACUUCCCUCGCCAUCGUGGCCCUCUCGGCCCUCUCUGCUGUCUCUGCCCAGCGCAAGGUCUACACCGCUGCCGAUAUCAACGUUGCUACUGUCUCCGUGAACCAGAGAGCCAGUUGGUGUGUCGCCGAGCGCAACACUUGCAAGGUCCUUUGCGAGCCUAACCCCACCACCAACGACUGCGAUUCUACCACCCUUGUCUACUCUUGCCUCUGCCCCAACGGCUCUGCCCCCGGUCUUGAGUACUACGAGCAGACCAUGCCCACCUUCAUCUGCGAGAAGGCCUUCGAGGACUGCAUCACAGCCAAUGUUGGUGACGCUCGCGGCCAGACCAACUGCACCGACACCAUCAAGUCUCAGUGCGGUACUAUCAACGCCCAGUCUGACCAGGCUUCCGGCGCUUCCACCACCACCACCGCGUCUGCUACCAGCACUGCCACUGGAACUGGUGCCGCCGCCACUACCACUGGUGCCUCCAGCUCCAGCUCUUCCGCCUGGGCUGCUCCUACUGCGAACCCCGCCCACCUUGGCAACGCUGCUGCAGUCGCUGCCAUUGGUCUCCUCGCCUACAUGCUCUAG